GGCCGACCAAACAUUCUUUCUUGCCGAAGACUCGUCUGCUGCCGAAUAACUUGUUCUGCUGUCGAUCACGAGAGCAUAUGUAUUAUGAUUAAGUGCAGCUGUCAUGGCAACAAAUACCUUAGAACAGAUCAAUGCUCUGUUGAUUACAACUUCAGCUAAAGGAGAGUUGGAGCUACUGCAAAAAGUUCAUUCCAGCUUACAAUCACUGUCAUUGAAGCAUUCCUCUCCAAUACAGAUUCCCAGAGAUGAUUUGAUUGAGGAGGAUGUCAUACUCCCGAUCAAUGGGCGUAGUCAGAUUUUUACAGAUCCCUUGGAAUUUUGUGGUUCACAAGAGGCACUCAAUAAAUUUACAUGCUAUGUGUUUGAUCGUCGGUUUGGUUGGUCUGAGGCCAAUAGUGAUGGCGGUGGACGAGUUCGACGGAUGUCCUGUACAGGGACUGUGUUAGCCUCCAGUGACGGCCAUCACAAGGCUAUCAUCAUUGAACUGUUGGAUGUAUUUCUCAAAUGGUAUGCCCAGCAGGAUCUUCACAGCUCCCUGACGGAGGCCUUCCAGUACACACUGAAACAAGUUGCAAACAUGCCAGUAGUACGAAACAGAACUGUUGUCCAUAUAAUGGAUUGGCUGAAGGAGAACAGAGAGGAUCUGGUGGAGUGUCAGUUUGCCAGUAGUACACUGGACCUGAUCAAAUCAGCAUUAACAGAUGUUUGGUCUGCUAUAAGAAAUGCAUGUGCUAAACAAUUGGUUCACAUUGUGGGGUAUUUCAAGGUGGGAGAUCAGGAGUUACUCUUCAACAGUUUAGUGAAGAUUUGCAAGUGUGAUAAAAGUACAUGGCAAGCCAAAGAGGGUGCUAUUAUGGGUAUCAACGCUAUGAUUCUUCAAUGCAAGGAUGGGACAAGUUCUCGCUCACAGACUCCCCAGUUUGUACUGGAGUCGGACUCUCAGAUUUGUGGACAACCCACAGCGCCAGGUUUUAUAUCUAGACAGAUACAUGCAGUGGUGUUUACCUUGCUGUCAAACCCACAACUGACCAUCAGAGAGAAUGCAGCCAAAGCUUUGUCAGCAUUCAUUUCCUGUUCUGAUGCCAAGGAAGCAUUGUCAACAUUAGAAAAGGUUAUUUCUGUUCUGUGGAGCGAGGUUAACAAAAGCCAAGCAGAAAAACAUCAUAGAAAUGUGCAAUUACCGGUGAAGUUUCUGGAUGCGUAUGCUGCAGAAGGGAUUUUAGAUGUCUGUCUUUUCCUUGUAAAGGUGCUGCCCCUGCCACAUCUCCUUCCUCGCUGGCCUCGAUACCUGUCCACAUUUCUGUUGUACCUGUCCCAUCCUGCUUCCACUGUUCGACAGGCUGCCAGCAACAUAUUCAAAUAUCUAGUUGCCAAAAGUAGUCACAGUGCUGUGCUGGUGAAACUAGUGCUUCAAGCUUUAACAGAAGGCUGGGAACCUAGUCUUGAUGCUCUUGGUCGGGAGGAAAAAUACAGUGACGUCUCAAGUCACUACACCCGGCCCUCAGUCUCGGAGGCCACAGAUGGCAGUAUCCUUGAAACAUGGGAGAGCAGAGAAGGGAGACUCUUUGCCUAUGAGUUUAUCAUGAAGUUUUUGAUAAAGAACCACUGGUUGUAUACGUUUGGUCCUGCGGGGUCUGGUGCAGGAAUGGAUUGGGGGGACAGACCCGGAGGAGUGGAGACAGACAGAGAAAUACUGACCAGUUUGGAACAGGGAGAAGAAAGACAGAAACUGGACACAAAUGGCAAUGACUUCUUAGAGCAUAGAAAUACCCAGUCACCACUGAACCCUCAGGAGCCUGUGGAGGAUUUACAUGUCUCCCACUCAGAACAGUCCUUUGCUGUUCGCUUCUUCACACAAGACUUUUCAGGUGAAAAUAUUGAUGGAAAAGCAGGUGACAGGUUAACAGGAGCCAUAAAUGGUUCCCUUCCUACCCAGACUUCCAAGGUCACUCACAAUGACACAGUGCCCAGUCAACUGGACACCAUUUACUCCAUACUGAUGCAGGUCAAGUUCCUAGAGACAGCCAAGGACCCUUGUAAAAAUCCUGUCUGUACUAGUCACCAGCGACAGCUACAAACACUGGAGCAAAUGUUCCACCCAAAGGACGACAGUGUUGAACAUCAAAUGGUGGAGAGUUGGCUACAGACACAAGAGGUGUCUUCUCUGAGGUCCAGUCUGGUCCAUGUCCUCCAUCAAACUCUGGAAUGCUUAUCAGACUCACGCUGGGAACUUCGACGCAUGGCACAACAAGUGCUGCCCUGCUUGGCUGAGGUUAUCCGAUGGUUCGACAUGAGUAUAUUGGAGGAUUUGUGGAGGACACACUUGAAGCAGAACACCAGUCUUUUCACAUAUGCUGCAGCAUUGCUUCUCAAGGAAUCUGUAAUACACUGUGUCAGACUGGAGCCUCUGCUUCACAAGCCUCCGGGGUCAUGGCAGGACCAUGAAGUCUGUAAGAAAAUCAUCUCCAGUAUUGUAAAGAGUUUGACCACUCAGCUGAACAGUUGUCUCCCUUGUCUGGACCAUAUCAUACAACGACCUGUGUUUGAUCGUCUGUCUGUGAUAGCGGCCAGCACGAUCAUCACUGUUCACAACCACUUCUCUAUAAAUGAGGACCAGAGAGUGAAACAGACUGCCACAGUCCUCUCUUUCUGGAAGCUCCUAUUCUGUUUUACUCAUCCAAACUUACGAAUCUCAAAGGAUCUGAUCAAUGGCAAUACAGAUAUAAAGCUCUUCUCCUCGCCAUUUGAGGGCUAUCUCAGUUGUUGUCUAGUCAGACCUGACAAUAAACUUCAAUGUGCCAAACAAGUUGAGAAACUAUUUAUCACGGAGAUUUAUCACGCCUGUAAGCAUUUCCUACAGAACCUACCUAUAGAGAGUUCCUCUCUCCUCCUGCCAAUGGUGGCUCACUACAGCGGGGUAUUUCUGGAGGAUUCACAUAUCUGUAAAUCACUUACAGAGUGUCUGAGUGUGGUUGGCUCCAAGGUGGUAGGGUUUGCCAUGAAAGUGGAGGAUGAUGUACAACGACAAAGCUGCCUGAAAUGUAUUAACUUGGCCUUAAAGGAAUUGUCAGCCAUCAUAACAAUGAAGAGUUCCGAGGUACACCUGGUACAGAAAGUAUUAAACAUCUACAUCACCUUGUGUCAGGCCCUCAACCCAGUCAAGCACCUCCGUAUCAUCCUCAUCGCUAUCUGCUCCAGAGUCAAUGAGGAUGUCUACUUCAGUGCUGAACACUCACCCCGACCUGGGGAUGAUCUGUCCUUACUAUCAAACAACAUUCCAUUGUCCAGCAGUCCAGACACUUCCCAUCACUGGGACCAGGAGGACACAGUCAUCACCGGUAGUCCUGGUGUGUUCCCAGAGUGUUUAACACUCGACCUUAGCAACAAUAGUGGUAGCCUUCCAUCAGGUCGACUCAGCUCCCUAAGUCAGUACAGUGAUAAAGGCCGGGCACGCUCCCCAACACACAGUGUGGAGGUAGAGGAAGGUGAGAAGGUGGACUCGGACUGGGACAGCUGGGACGAGGAGGAGAAUGAGGGAUCAGAGGCACUAAAGGAAGCUUUCUCAGAAUUCCUCGUAAAACUACAGAAAAUCUGUAAUUCAGGAUCAGCAGAUGUUUUUACAACUGAGCUGAACAAAUUGGAGUAUCGCGAGAAAUCCCUGAUUCUGGACAUCAUGGAGGGAUAGCGAGAGAGAAAUCCCUGAUUCUGGACAUCAUGGAGGGAUAGCGAGAGAGAAAUCCCUGAUUCUGGACAUCAUGGAGGGAUAACGAGAGAUAUCUGAUACAUUAUGGCCGUCCAAAGAUUUACUUUUAUAUAACCGAAAAUAGCAAUACAAAUGUAUGCCGUUUUAACUGACCAAUAAUUUUUAUUUGUUUUGUUUUUUUUUCAUUUGAAAUGUGCUUUUAUUUUGGGCUUAGAUUAAACUACUUAUAUUAAGAAUGUUGUCUCAGCCAUUUCUCAGGUCCGUUGUGUCAGCCACAUUCCAGUUGAUGUAGAACUUUUGUUUGUGUUUUCUAGUCCUCAUUUUCUAUACACAUGCUUAUAUGACUACCUAUUGAACAUUACAUUGUAUUAAUACUCGUGUCAAAUGAGAUCUAUUUUUAUACACCUAACUGUUUUGUACAAUUGAAACUAUCCAUGUUUUAUGCAGAUUUCAAUGGAAGUUAUUUCAAAUUUCUAUCUCAUCUUCUGCUUUUAGUGAUUUGUUGUUGAAUUUUAUUUUGAAUUGCCAAACAGCAUGGCUUCAUUGUAGUGACAUCAGACAUGAGACUGACAUCUUAGUUGUCCCCUAGUGAAAUCAGACAUGUGGCUGACAUCAGAGUUCCCCUCUAGUGACAUCAUGACAUAUGACAUCUGAGUUGUCCUCAUGCAACAUCAGACCUGUAUAUAACAUCAGAGUUGUCCUCUAUUGUGAGUUGCCCUCUAGUGACAUCAGACAUGUGACUGACCUCUGUGUUGUUCUCUUGUGACAUCAGACAUGUAACUGACGUCUGUGUUGUUCUCUUGUGACAUGUAAUUUAUAUCAUAUGACUGACAUCUGAGUUGCCCUCUAGUGACAUCAGACAUGUGACUGACAUCUGAGUUGCCCUCUAUGACAUCAGACAUGUGACUGACAUCUGAGUUGCCCUCUAUGACAUCAGACAUGUGACUGACAUCUGAGUUGCCCUCUAGUGACAUCAGACAUAUGACUGACAUCUGAGUUACCCUCUAGUGACAUCAGACAUGUGACUGACAUCUGAGUUGCUCUCUAAUGACAUCAGACAUGUGACUGACAUCUGAGUUGCUCUCUAAUGACAUCAGACAUGUGACUGACAUCUGAGUUGCCCUCUAGUGACAUCAGACAUGUGACUGACAUCUGAGUUGCUCUCUAAUGACAUCAGACAUGUGACUGACAUCUGAGUUGCCCUCUAGUGACAUCAGACAUGUGACUGACAUCUGAGUUACCCUCUAAUAACAUCAGACAUGUGACUGACAUCUGGGUUGCCCUCUAAUGACAUCAGACAUGUGACUGACAUCUGAGUUGCCCUCUAGUGACAUCAGACAUGUGACUGACCUCUGUGUUGUUCUCUUGUGACAUUUAAUUUAUAUCAUAUGACUGACAUCUGAGUUGCCCUCUAAUGACAUCAGACAUGUGACUGACAUCUGAGUUGCCCUCUAAUGACAUCAGACAUGUGACUGACAUCUGAGUUGCCCUCUAUGACAUCAGACAUGUGACUGACAUCUGAGUUGCCCUCUAGUGACAUCAGACAUGUGACUGACAUCUGAGUUGCCCUCUAGUGACAUCAGACAUGUGACUGACAUCUGAGUUGCCCUCUAGUGACAUCAGAUAUGUGACUGACAUCUGAGUUGCCCUCUAGUGACAUCAGACAUGUGACUGACAUCUGAGUUGCCCUCUAGUGACAUCAGACAUGUGACUGACAUCUGAGUUGCCCUCUAAUAACAUCAGACAUAUGACUGACAUCUGAGCUGUCUCUGAUGUGACAUCCCCAUGGCCUGCCAUGUUGAUAUGUAGUUAUCAUUGUAGAUGUGUAUGUUUAAUUAUUUGUUGCCAAUACCUUUUGAUCUAAUGCUGACACACAAAUAAACAUGCCAGUAUACUUUGUAAUCUAUUAGAGAUUAUUGGUGCCACAUGUUACACUAUUAUACUGUUAAACUUUGUUGGUAUGAUCAUUUUGAAGCCAAGCUUGUCAAUUUAUUUUUAGUGUUUAUAAUAUGCUCACAGGCACUAGCCUUGUCUGUCAGUACAUCCAUAAUGGAUGUAUAGACAAAAGGGCUGGUACUGUGGUCCACUCAAUAUGAUAAACAAUGUACUUAUGUUCCUAUAAUUUGUAUGUUAUAUUGUAUUAUUGACAUUAUGAUAACAUUGGUUACGUAAAUGAACUGAUAAGAUUAUCUAUCAUGUCCUAUAUUGUCAAUAUCAAGUAUCAAGGACAUAUGACUAGAUUAGUUAGCUGAACUUCAACUAGUUAGAAUGACUACUAGAAGGAAGUACAUUAUGACUAUAAGAAGGAAGGUCCAUUAUGACUACUAGAAGGAAAGUCAUUAUGACUAUAAGAAGGAAGUUCAGUACGACUACUAGAAGGUAGGUCAUUAUGACUACUAGAAGGAAGGUCAUUAUGACUAGUAGAGGGAAGGUCAUUAUGACUACUAGAAGAAAGGUCAUUAUGACUAUGAGAAGGAAGGUCAGUACGACUACUAGAAGGAAGGUCAGUACGACUACUAGAAGGAAGGUCAUUAUGACUACUAGAAGGUAGGUCAUUAUGACUACUAGAAGGAAGAUCAUUAUGACUACUAGAAGGAAGGUCAUUAUGACUACUAGAAGGAAGGUCAUUAUGACUACUAGAAGGAAGGUCAUUACGACUACUAGAAGGAAGGUCAUUACGACUACUAGAAGGAAGGUCAUUACGACUACUAGAAGGAAGGUCAUUAUGACUACUAGAAGGAAGGUCAUUACGACUACUAGAAGGAAGGUCAUUAUGACUACUAGAACGAAGGUCAUUUUUCACAAAAGUUGUGCACAUUGCUUGAUGGAAACUAUGCCUAAAAUGAAAAUCGUUUGAUAUAUCUAGUAAAGUGACCCUUGUACAUACUGUACCUGGUUGGAUUAAACAAAUAUAAUUCAUCAAAAUGACUACAUCUGUAAGAUGAAAAAAAAUCACUAAUAUGAAUUGUUAGAUAGAAAAUGUAUAAAAUAAAUCCACCGGUCCCAUGCUUACAGUGGUAGGUAUUCCAUCAGGUUUAUAAUUUACCUGUGUGUAAACCUGUAUGGAGACAGGUAUAAUGUGUCCUGACUACACUGUACCUGUGUGUAAACCUGUAGGGAGACAGGUAUAAUGUCUCCUGACUACACUGUACCUGU